AUGGUCAGAACCAUCCCUCCAGUUUAUAUCACACACAACGCUGAUCCACUUAAGUCUUUUUUGGAUGCGAAAGAAACUCCAUAUUAUGUUAAGGUGUCAGUGAUAUCGCUAAAAAUCGGAUAUCCGAUGAGACCGGGCUCGGAAUGUAUAGGAACGAGUCAGAAGAUGUACCCAUGGCACGCUAAAAUAAGCCAUACAACCUACGAAGCGCCGCUGGUAGUGACAUUUGGAAUAAAGUUCAACGAAUCGGAAUCAAUAAUCACGAAGGAGGUACCAGUAGGACACAUCCCAGUAAUGGUCAGGUCAAACAGGUGUAACCUUAAAGGACUUUCGGGAGAAGAAAUGGUGAAGCAGGGAGAGGACGCAGACGAGCCAGGAGGAUACUUUAUAAUCAAGGGAAACGAAAGAAUGAUAAGGAACCUGAUCGUUCCGAGGUCAAACUACCCAAUCGCAUUCAAGUCGGAGUCGAACCUGAAUAAAAACCUGCUCUUCACAGAGUACGCAAUUUUUAUGCGCUGCCAGUCGGAUUUGGACGGCUGCUUCGUGACAAAUUAUUUGCACCUGACGACGAACAAGAGGUGUAUGUUCAGAGUUAUAGUGAGGAACUCGACAGUGCUGGUGCCGCUGUUCCUGCUGCUGAGAGCACUGAUGCCGUACAUCAGCGAGGAGGAGUUCAGGAGGAAGAUAAUGGAGAACUGCAGAAACAACAGAGAAAUGGCAGUGCUCUACAACAUCAUAUACAUGGACAUGGCACACUGCGACCCAGUGCUGUCGGAAAUAGACUUUAUACAAAACAGAUACCUCUACCGACUGGGAAAGGUGUGCUGGAGCCAGAUCAACCAGUACCUGCACCCGGGCUCGACCUUCGAAGAGUGCGCACUGCACCUGAUCAAGUACUUCGUGGUAAUACACGCGGCCUCGAACACGGAUAAGUUCAACACACUGAUGUUCAUGCUGAAUAAGCUUUACGAUUUAUCGCAAGGAAACAUACAGAGCGAAAGUUAUGACUCGUUCGCAUUUCAGGAGAUAUUGUUGCCAGGGCAUUCGUAUUCAUGUAUACUUAAGGAGAGUCUGUACCUGUGUCUGACGAGAAUAAGGACGAUAUACAACAUGGAAAUAAACAAUUUCCUGAAUCACCUGAAAGGAGGAAGAGGCUCGAAGAAGAGGAACUACGCGGGAGCGGAGAAGAUGGAAUCAGAGGCAGGAGAGGAUCAGGAGGGACUGAUAAGGAACUUUAUGAACUCAGUGCAGCUGUUCAACUUCGCAAUCAACAAGGUGGCGCCGGAGAUCCCGAGGAAAAUACAAUACUUCCUGUCAACAGGAAACGCAACAAAUUCGCACUACGAGCUUAACCAGAACUCAGGAUUCACAAUAGUGCUCGACAGAAUCAACUACCACAGGUUCGCAAGUCACCUGAGGUCAGUGCACAGAGGGAACAUAUUCACGAAGAUGCACUCGACGCAGGUGAGGAAGCUGCUGGGAGAAACCUGGGGAUUCAUAUGCCCAGUGCACACUCCAGACGGAGCGCCCUGCGGACUGCUGCUUCACCUGGCGCAGUACGCAAAGGCAGUGACGACGCCAAACAGGCCCUCGUACCUGGAGGCGAUAAAGGCGUUUUUGAAAUCGCAGUCGACGCACACGACGAAUUAUAACGCGGGCAACGGGAACAGUUACAGAGAUGAUGGGCACUUGGAAGGGAAGGACGGAAGGAUACCGCUGGUGGUGGACGGGAUACCGCAGUGCUACAUCAACCUGAGAGACGUGGAAGGGUUCUACGAUAGCCUGAAAAGCGCAAAAAACAUUGAAAAGUACGGAAUGUGCGCACACUUUGAAACGUGCGCAAUAAGAGACAAAUACGGGGCAGUGUCGUGCAUAUACAUAAUGACGUUCCCGGGAAGGUUAGUGAGACCAGUGAAGAACGUGAAGGAUAACAGAAUAGAAUACAUAGGGCCAAUAACACAGCUGUGGUCAACAAUAGCAAUAAACGAAGACGAAUUGAAUAAAUCCCACGAAAAACUGAAGAAUCAUAAAGACGAAUCAACAAGCGAAAGAGAUGUAACAGUGGAUUCACAAAAUUAUAAAAUAGGUGACAACUAUAAAGAGUUGGACAACUGUCCAGUGGUGUACGAGUACAUGGAGCUGGACAUGUGCUGCAUACUGAGCGUGACGGCGAGUCUGACGCCAUUCAGCAACCACAACCAGAGCCCGAGGAACAUGUACCAGUGCCAAAUGCUAAAGCAGAGCGUGGGAUUGCCCUUCCACGCGCAAGUCUACAGGUCGGAAGUGAAGACGUACGUGCUGACGAGUCUGCAGAAGCCGCUGGUGUACACGAAGGAGUACGAAAAAAUGGCAUUCGAAGAUUACCCGACGGGAGUCAACUGCGUAGUGGCAAUAAUAGCACACUCAGGAUUCGACAUGGAGGACGCAAUGAUACUGAACAAGGCGUCAGUGGACAGAGGCCUGUUUAACUCGUUCAUAUAUAAGACCAAGGUAGUUGACUUGAACGCACAGAGCGGAGGAAAGGAAGGAAAGGUAGGGCACGUGGAGUACUUCAAUAACCUGGGAUCGGACAAUAAGCCGAUAGUAAAGAGGCUGGACACAGACGGCCUGCCGAAAAUAGGAGAAAAGCUGGUUAAAAACAGCCCAAUAUGUAGAAUAGAGGAAAAGGGAAGAAAUAACCUGAUUAACGAUAGAGUUAUCAAGUACACAGAAGAGACAGCAGUGGUGGAUCACGUGACACUGGUAGGACAGUCAGAGUUGACAGUGGGAGACAAAAUUAGCUGCCCAGGACUGAAGUACGGAAGAGCGCUGAUAAAGCUGAGGAUACUGAGGUCGCCAAUAGUGGGCGACAAGUUCGCAAGCAGGCACGGGCAGAAGGGGAUACUGUCGGCAGUGUGGCCGACGGAGGACAUGCCCUUCCUGGAAAACGGAAUCGUGCCAGACGUUAUAUUUAACCCGCACGGACUGCCGUCGAGAAUGACAAUAGGGAAGCUGAUAGAAGGAAUGGCGGGGAAGUCAGCAGCACUGUACGGAAAUAAGGAAGGAUUAGAUUCACAAGGGAGCGAAGACGUAGUGGAUAAUUUUGGAAAGAGUCUGCUGGAGGCAGGAUACGAGUACUACGGAACGGAAAGCAUGUACUGCGGAACGCUGGGAACGGAGAUACAGACGCACAUAUUCGUGGGACUGAUCUACUACCAGAGGCUACGGCACAUGGUGUCGGACAAGGCGCAGGUGAGGUCGACGGGGCCGGUGGACACGAUCACGAAGCAGCCGGUUAAGGGAAAGAAGAACCUGGGAGGAAUAAGGUUCGGAGAGAUGGAAAGAGACGCGCUGAUAGCGCACGGAACGACGAACCUGCUUCAGGACAGGCUGCUGCACUGCUCAGACGCACACCAGGCGUACGUGUGCCCAAAGUGCGGCUCAAUCCUGUCGCCGUCAAUCUCCUCGCUGGAGGCGAACACGAAGCGCCAAGUGUCGGUCUGCAGAAUAUGCAAAGUUAACUGCAAAUUGGUGACAAUACCGUACGUGCUGAGAUACGUGGCGAACGAACUGGCAACAAUGAAUGUAGGAAUUAAGUUACACCUGUCACAACUAGGAACACAAAUUGAGUCAUAA